CUGGGGGAACAUGCAUUUACUUUUUCCGGGGGUGAAGCUAAACUUAACAACGCCACUUCAGUUUCUUUUCGUGAUUUUCUUCUUGUUCACAAUCUAACCCAGCAUGUUGUUGAACCAACGCGGCUUAGCAACGUCCUGGAUUUGAUACUCAGUACCAAGUCCUUCCGCCUGUUGGGAAUAGUGAUCAUUGUAGUAUCUCUUGUGAGGUUGCUGGCACUGAAUCUCUUGCGGUACCUGUGUAUCGCAGGGCUUUCUCGGCUUGUAACUUCACAGACUUGUUCAACUACCUUGCUCAGUUACGAUGGGUUGCUCUGCUUGAAACGCGGAACAGUGUUAACGAUAAAUACGAAUUAUUUCUAUCAUAUUGCAUCAUGCAAUAGACCAUUACGUCCCUUGGAAGCUCGUUUCAUCAACGACUUCUACAAAUAUUUGAACACCAAAAUUCGGGAUAGGAGGUGCUUCGGCUGUCUGAGGGCUGGUAGCUCAUUCGCGUACACUGAACACGACAAGGCUAACAUGUUAGCAGAACAGUUCGCGAAAACCUUUACAAAGGACGAUGACACGGUUUCGAGUUUACCCAAUUCUGGUGUGGAGUCGUCUUGCUCAAUGGGUGACGUUCCGUGGUUUCUUGCAGAGGAGCUCUAUGAGCAAAUUCUUAAGUGGCCCAACUCUUCUUCUGUUACUCCUGAUUUUAUUCCGCUAUCUUUCAUCAAA